AUGCACGACAACAACGGUUUCAAAGUCUCAACGCCCAGUCAGGACGAGCCGGAUAGGUUCAUGGAAGGACCCUUCCGCCCUGACCCUGACCGUUCGACGUCGUCGGGGUCGGCUGGUGAAGAGACGCCUGCUGCGUACGGCACCACAAGCGGCAACUCGCGCGAACCCUCUGCACUUCUUGUCACGCUAGACCCCGAAGACGGGUCCUAGCCUCUUGUUCCCAAACAAAUUAUGAACACCGGCUCGGGAUUUCUGCAAACAUGUGUGCAUAUCACGCAUGGGUGAGGGUGAUUUCGCGUGGGAUUCAUGGUGCCAAAAGCGAACUGCAGUAAGGGGCUCCAUGUGCCAACACUGGAUCCAGAAGAUGCAUGUGCACUAUGUGGUAUGCUACAGUGGUACAAUAUGCGUGUGUUUUCGAUUUGGUCCCAUUUAUUCUGGGUUUCAGUUUUGCUUGUGGUUAUGUUUGACUGCGGGUGCCGAGCGGGAAUUGUUGGCUCCGUGUGUGAAUCGAUCCCUCUUCGCUUUUGACGUUGUUUUCGCUGCAUGUCACCCACGGCGGUGAGGUCUGACUGAAAACGGUUUGGGAUUUUUCCUGUUCGUGAUUUGCUGAAGAGUUUUCAUUUUGGUUUGCAUGAGUUUGUGUUUUCUGAGGGUCAACAAGUCGUUGUAGCGCCCUUCACUCACAAGAUUGGCAGUUGAGAAAUAAUAUGCGUGGAAGAACUCAAAUUCUGAGCACUUGGGCACUGAUUGUGAGCAAAGAGCCCCUAUAAUUUACUAUCCAUUUGUAAGCCCGGUUGAGAACCCUACAUUAAAACCUAUAUUGCGGCCAUUUGUAGCCCACAAGAGGAACUGGUGUACUGUACUCUGCAUAAUAACCCCAGGCUCGACCAACAGUAGAGAUUCUCAAUUUGAGUCCGGGCACUAGCUGUAUCUGAUGGGACGAAAACAUGAUGUCUCUUGUUUAUUCCUACUAAAUUAUGGUACCAUUCGGGGGUAGUAGCCUGUGACCAUGGAAGGAAUCAAGGAGUAUGGAUGUUUAAGGCAGGAGCAGAGACCAGAACGUUUUAUUCUGUGUAGGUGACACCAGCACACCAGCCGGGGUCACACAGGGGAAAGAUAGGCA